AAGCUCUAUAAAUUCACUUCCAUUUCCAUAGUCAUUUCAGAUUUCAUUAACUACCCAAUUCUUCCAUACCUGUCUCCUCCAUUUUCUUCAGCUCAUUCUCACAGUUGGGUUAGCUAGCUGUCUCUGAUUAAGAAAAUGACUCUUGUGAGGAAGCCCUAUGGCUACUCAAAGAUGGAGAAGGAGGACCCAGAAGAGGUAAUCCACCGGAGAGCUCAGUUCUUGAUCUACAAAGUGAUGGAGAAGGCUGAUUCUAGGAGAAAAUCAUCCUUUCUGAGAGUGAGAAUAUGCAGGCUGAGAGUGAAGAUAGGGAGGAGAUUGAAGAGGUUCAGGAAGAGCAUGAUGUUGAGCGUAACUGCUGCAAAGGUUGGUGUUUACAGACAGGUUUUGAGCCAGCUGAAGGCCUGGAAAAGAUUGCUCGGGGGUGGAGAGACUGUGGUCAGUCUUCCACAUUUGUUCACUUAAUGUUAAUGCUUUUUCCUUUUUCUGUUUGGUUGCCAAGAAAACUGGGAUAUAUGUUGUUCCCACUUCUGUUCCUAUGAUCAGGGUCUGCUUCCCAAUGAAUCUCUGGAUUCUUGACCCUUUUUGUUCAAUCAGAUUUUGAUGCAAUGAUAUCAAUAUGGUUUGUUUUGCUUUGUUAUCUUCCCCUUUUCUUUCUCUGUAAUAUUUUCUCAACAAGAAUUGAGAAAUUUAGGGCUACUCAAUGGAUGAGAGAAUUAAAGA